CGGAAAAGUAUGCGAAUAUAAUGAGUCUCAUUUUAUCGAUAGUGAUCAGUGGAUUCAAUUCUUAUCCUCAUUUAAAAAAUUGAAACAAGUUAAAUUAGAAAUUUGUAUCAAAAUUGACUAUGAUUCAAUAGAUAUUGACGAUCUUGAAGAAUCGUUAAGAAUAUUUAAUAAUAAUUUAAGUUUGAAGGAACAUCAUUUGUUAAUCAAUUCAGAGGAAUUGAAUGAAGAUGAUUAUGAGAGAGGUCCUGAUUUUAUAAUUACGAGUGAUUAUAAAGAAAAGUAG